CGUGAUUGGUCCAAUCGGAGUGGAGGAGGGGCUAGAGCUUGAGGAAAACAAGAGACUAAUCCCCAGGAGGUGAAGGAGGGGAAAUAUUACAUCCAUCCAUCCAUCCAUCCAUCCACCCAUCCACCCUGGGGGAAAGAAAACAGCCGUCAGAGCAGCAGGUCACAGCCUCCAGGAUGACCAGUGUGCUGUGCAGGCCAGUCGGCUGGUGGAUCAGAUCGACUCGGAGCGUGGGGUCACUGAGGUUAUUCUCCACAGCCGGGUCUUCAGGUUCAGACGAGCCGUACAUAGCGGUUUCAUCUCGCACUGCAGCAGGCCCCAGAACAGUGUGGCCUGAUGAGACCAUGGGUCCUUUCGGCCCUCAGGAUAAACGCUUCCAGUUGCCGGGGAACGUGGGUUUUGACUGUCACCUGGGGGGAACAGGUGAGGAGCGAGCAGCACCGACUCAGCACUCCACUCCCGACGUCCUCACAGCGCCGUCCAGCAGCGAGAGACACGAGUUCAUACUGGCCCAGUUCAUCACUGAGUACCAGACUAAAGAGGCGUCAGUAUGGACUCAGAGAGUUGCAAAAGCAGAGGAAUAUUUUAUUCACUGUAAUGUAGAGUGCUCUAUGCACUCCUGUCCUGAGCUGCUGAAACAAGAGUUAGAAUCAUUUUUCCCAUCUCUUCCUGUCACUGGUAUCACUGUGGUGAUGAUAAAGCACGAAACCUCCAUGACAGAGGAACUGAACACACAACAGCUGCUAGAUAAUUUUAUUAACGGUGCUAAAGAGAUCUGUUUCCUGUUGUGGCGAGGAGGAUUCUGGGCCGACUUCAUCGACCCCUCGUCUGGGAGAGCCUAUUUCGGGGCGGAGUCACAUGAUCCGGUUCUCCUGGCGGAUCAGCGGCGUCACUCUGGGUUCCACAUUGAGGACGUGGCGUCCUGCAGACUGACCGUUCACGUCCUGAGCAACUCGCACACCUUCACAGGGACACUGAUCACCAACGCUCCGUCUGACAGCCUCCUCAUGCAGCGGCUCAGAGGACAAACACCGAACUGAGACGUGUCUCACACACACACACCUUCACAAUGUGUUGGACAUUGACCCUGAUGCAGGUCUGCUGCUGCCUUAUUACUUGAGUUUAGGAGGAGGUUUAAUUCAGAUAUUUAUUGAUAUUUAUGUGACUGCGUGGAUUAAAGGCCUACAUCAAACACACACACUGCCAGUUAGCAUCAGUGACAGUUACGAUAAAACCGGCCAAAGAAUUCUACUUUUAAAUAUUUAAUGACUGUAAUUAUAUGGAGAUGUGUUGCUAAUGCUAACUGGAUUUUAUGGGUGAUGUAAUGCUUCAAUAAAAAUAAGAUGAGUUCUGAUGACAUUGCAGUCCACAGUGAGAGAGAGAGAGAGAGAGACCUUAUUCACUAAAAUAAGGAAAAGGAAGCUCUAAGAGUUGAGGGAGAAGUUGUACAUCACACAGGUGCUAAACUGUUAAGAACAGAGGUCUGAGAACCUUUUCACAGGACAAGUGUGUUAAAGUGUCACUCUGUCAUCGAGUUCUGAGACCUGCUUGUGGUCCCAAUAAACAAAACGGUGCCUGCAAUCCAGUGCUCCAGUGUCUUUAAUCUUUCAAAUUCUAAUGCAUAAACUUUGUGCUGCUUUUAGACCAGAAGCUAAACUUGUUAUUAAAAGUAAAAGUAGAUCUACCGUGAUGGUUUGUUUUAGAUUGAGUCUAAACCUGUAGCAGACACUGACUUUUCCCAGCAGUCAGAUAAAGAGCAGUGUAGAGCAGUAGCCUCUAGUGUGGUCACUCCACACUCACCAUGUGAGCUUUUUAGGUUCUUUAAGGUGACGAAAAUAUUUGCUGGCAAAAUUUUUAAUCACAAAAUUAAAUAAAAGAUCGUAAUAUCCAUGUGUAUAAACGGAUUUUCCUGCUAGUGUUCUGAGCGUGUGCAACAACUGUCCAGAAACGUUCAAGGAUCAAAGACGUUACUGCCAUUAACCCAGAAAUAGCUCUUGAAAUGGUCUGUACACACACACACACACACACAGAUUAUAAAUAUAAUGUGCUAUAGCUGAUAAACUCCAGGAUGUGAAUGAAGAUGGGUCAGGUUGAGUGAUGUGGGGGUGUAAUAACUUUUUAUUUAGGUCUGUUCAUAUUUCUCUGCUUUAAAUAUCAGCCAUGUAAAAUGCAAGCUUUUACCAACAAACUCCUGACAUUUACAGGAAUCUGAAAGUAGCUUCAGAUCAUUUAGUCAGAGGACAUCUGCUCCAUCAGUGUGUUGGUGUUAGUUAGUGGUGCUGAGACACACUUCCUGUUAAUCAUAGAAGCUACAUUCAGUCAUACCAUUAAAAGUGAAUAUCACUGAUUAUUGUCAGAGGGUGGGAGAUAUUCAUCAGCAAGUCAACAGUUAGCUCUCAGAAUUGUAAGGAUCCGAGUGACUUUGACAAGGACCGACUGUGAUUUAAUGGCUGGACAACUGGGUCAGAGCAUCUGCGGGUGUUCCUGGAAUACAGUAUGUGGUCCAAGGAAGGACAAUACAGAGCAUUACAGCUUGCUGCGUACCUGCGGAGUGGUCAGAGUGACCAUGCUGACUCCUGGACACCACUUAAAGCUCCUGACACAUUAGAACUGGACCAUGGAGCAGUGGAAGAAGGAGGCCUGGUCUGAUGAAUUAGGAUUAAUUUGACAUCAUGUGGAGGACUGUGUGUGUCUUAUCUGAGGAAGAGAUGGCACUAGGAUGCACUAUGGGAAGAAGGAGUUCUGCUGGGAAACUUUGGGUCCUGGAGUUCAUGUGGAUAUUAUUUUGUCAUGUAACCUACCAAACCUAGGUUAACCUACCAAAACACAGUGCUGCAGAUCGAGUACAUCCCUUCAUGGCCUGAGUGUUACUUACUAGAAGCAGUAGCUCAGUGGUUAAGCUGUUAGAUUAGGGCUCAAAUGGUUGCAGGUUCAAGUCUGAGGAUGAGGGUCAGAGUAUGAGAAGUAAGGGGUUAUGCAGCCUGGAGAGAGGCUUGACUUUUACAGCAUUUCUUUAUAAUGCAAAAAUGAUCACCUCACUUUUUCGUGCAUCCUGCAGCACUAUGUUCCUCACACACCUCCUCAUACAUCACUUAACACCAGCUGAGUCUGAGAUGGAUUUGCACCAGAAACCACAAACUAUCAAGCCCAGGACUUUACCUGUACACCACACAAGCUGCCAGAGCCUUGCAGCGUCUUUGUCUUUUCACAUGACAUCAUAACUAACAAAAAAAUCUGUAUGAAAUCUGGUAUACGUGUUCACUCCUGUUCCCUGUGAAACCCCGACACUGGGUUUGUUGAUUACAGCUUCAGAUUUUCUUCCUGCUAAUGAACAAGUACAUCUUUGUAGGUCAGUUAAUGGCUCAGAGUUUACUGCUCCGUAUCGUCCCCAAGUGGACAAAGAUCACAUGACCUUCACUACACCACAUUAACUGUGAUUCUUCUGCUAGGUUUAUCAUGUCUGUAUUGUUUUGUGUGUGUGUGUGUGUGUGUGUAACAGUUUAACACAACUUGCCUGUGUGAUUUUAGAGCUCCAGCUCUGCCAUCUCAGAUUAUUCUCCCUGUGAUGUUCCACAGAAAGUAGUGUGAGGAUCUAUCUUCCUCCUGGAAUCCUGACAUAUAAAAGACCUUUAAUUAUAUAUUACUGCUGUUUACUGAGAACUAAAUACUUCUGUUUAAUCAGAUCU